AACAUCACGCAACCGAGGUCACCUGCGCCCCAGUGGGUCCGAUGUUGGGUCGGCAAGGAGCCUUUGGCAUCAGAUAACUCAAGUGAGGUCACUGGUGCGCCAACACCAGUGGGUCCAAUGUUGGGUCGGCAAGGAGCCUUUGGCAUCAGAUAA